AUGGUUCGGUCGGUUCGCCCACUGCUGAGAGUCCCUGGCUGCUUGGAUUGGGUUGGUCGGGUUGGCUGGGUUGGUCGGGUCGAUCGGCUUGGUCGGGGUGGUCGGGUGGGUCGGGUCCGGUUGCAUUGGUCUGGUCGGGUCGGUCGGCUUGGUCGGCUCGGUCGUGUCACAGUUCAGGUUGGGUCGGUCGGGUCGGUCGGGUGGGCCCACGGUGCUGCUCGGGGCCGGUCGGGUGGGUCGGGUCGGGUUAUAACUGCGCCACAGUCUGGUGCCCUGCUGGUCUCGGAUUCCCCUCUCCUGGUCUCUGAUUCGGCCCUUCCGGUCUCGGAAUCUGUUCCCCUGAUCGAUGUGGAGUGGCCCUGCCAGGCCGACGACGGCGGAGCAGUCUCGAAGUUCGGAGGCUGUGGGAUGAUCUUCAACGAGGACCUCGCCACGCUCCUCUUGGCCGGCGGGAAUGCAACAAGCCGCUUUCCGACCCGAGAGCAGGUGCAGCUCGCGGGCGAAACGCUCUUCAGGACAGCUGAGGAGACAGAUCGCGUGGACGUGUUCAUUAGCCACUCUUGGCAUGCCGGGCGAUGGCUUAAAUUCCUGGCUCUCUGCCUCUACUUUAACUUGGGGAUGGCGGUGGGCUCUUCCUUUGGGACCUGGCUCCUCAUUGCACUGCUUCUGCUUGGAUGCGGAGGGUUUACAAGCCUGGGUGGCAGCUACCUUGCCUUUCCAUGCCUUGUUUGCCUGCCAAUGGCAGUCUUUUUUCUCGUCCUGUUCCAGGGGCAGCAGCUUUUUGCUGGAACGUGUGGGUUUAAGUCGGCCUCCUUGUGGAUGGACAAGCUUUGCGUUCACCAAACGGACGUGGACAAGAAGGCCGAACAGCUGGAAGCCCUUCCCAUCUUCCUCAUGCGCUCCGAGCGUAUGCUCAUGCUUUGGGACGACACGUACUUCGAGCGGUUGUGGUGCAACCUGGAGCUCGCCACCUUUGCAAAGCAGCGCGGCACGGAGAAUCUAGAUGUGAUGCCCCUGUGGCUGGCGCCGUGGUUGCUAAGCUCGAUCCUGGCGGAUCUCCUUGGUGCCAGUGCCUUGAUGCUGUCAGGGUCUGUGUUUCCGAGUUGGCUAGCGUGGCUGAGAAGCAUCGUGGGCAUGACAGAGAACGCCCUCGCCUGGAACCCAGCCGCGGAAACUUUCGUAACAUGGCUCAUCUUAGGGAUGAUGGUCGGCAUCUUCUAUCUGCCGGCAGCUGUGCCCAGCUUCUUCGCGUUCCGCACGAAGUUCCAGAGCCACCAGCUCAUGUUGGACCAGAUGGCCAGUUUCGACAUCCGAGCCGCCAGAUGCACCGUACCUGCCGACCGCAAAGCAAUUGAGCAGCAAGUCGCGGAGCUAUUUUGGGAGCACGGCCGGGUGGAUGCGCACCCGGUCGGUGAUGUUGAUGGCGGAGAGGUCCGCAUUCAAAAGUUUCACCCCUUGGGACGAAGGGCCGGUGAUCCUUUGGACUACUUUAACGACUACGUCCGCGGGACUCUGCGUGACUUUGUGAUAGAGCAGAUCGGUAGCGAGCUCCACGUGCCUUAUCAAGUUUGUUUGACCGCCUGCCUUCCCAUGAUCUUCUACGGCUCCGCGGAUAUCUUGGGCUGUGACAACGGACCGUGCGGGCAGUCUGCUCGGCUGGCCGGGAUGACGUCCGUGGCACAGUACAUGGCAGUAUCGUCCAUUUGCUGGUGCCUUUGCAUCAUGACAGCUUUGCCUCUGACCUACCCGAUGCUCCUUCGGAUGAUUAAGUUUACCCUGUCCUGUGGCGAAGGUCCGCUGCAACUCGCCUUCACGUUCCUUUGCUGCUUGCUGGCCUACAUUUACAGCUACCUUUGCGAAGCCCUGGUUUGGGCAUCCCUCGUUACCCUGGUGGAACACUAUUCGCCAGUGCAGCUGGCGGUGUUCAUUCUCGUCGUCGCCUUAAUGGUGAUUCAGAUCAUUUGCUUUUUUGCGACCAAGCAUGAUGCUAAGCACGUGCAAAUGUCAUGUCGCUGCAUUCGACGUCAAGAGCCUGCAUAUGAUGCCCUU